GGCCGCGGACGGGUCCGUGCGCCCGGGCAAGGCGGGGCCGCGCUGUCAGGCAGCCGCCUCUGGGCCCUCCGCGCGGCCGCGAGCAGGCCGGGCCCUGAGGGGAGCUGCCGGCGGCCCACAGAGAAGCGUCCACUGGGCUGGAAGCAGGACGCUAAGUCCAGGACGCAGGGCGGGCCCUGGGGCCUGCGGCGGGCGGGGAGGGUCUGCAGCGCGUAGGUGGGCCCCUGGGACCCGGGUGUCGGCUGGGCAAGGCAUUCGCGAAGGCCUCGAACUCCGCAGAGGAGGGAAGGGGACACAGACAGGUGCAACCCCGCCGUCAGGGUUCCAGAGAGGGACAGGAAGAAGACACGGGUCCCUAGGGAGGUGAGGAGACCAUUCUGGGUGGAAAAUAAGGAAAAGUCGAACUGGAGUUGGGUGUGUGCACCCCCACCACCCCCGAAGCUGCUAAUCCUGGAACUCUGCCCCAGGAGUUCCCCCAGAUGACAGUUUAUCCCUUCCUCUAGUCUCCUCCUGAUGAGAACUCUAGAUUUCAGGCCUUAAAUCUGUAGACCUAGUCGGAGAUCUCUCACAUUUAGAUAUUUUAUUCUCCUCCUUGAUAAGAAUGAUAUUAAUCUGUUCUGUGAAUGAGGAAACAGGGCAGUUUGGUUACUUGCCCAGGUCAAACACUGGGGGAGCCAAGGCAAAAGUCCCAGUCUCUAGGGUCCUAAUUCUGAGCUUUUUCCAAAGGCUACAAUAGCAUUUCUGAUAGGAAAAGCAGUAUAUUCUGUUAUAAAACCAGUUUCUUCCAGAAUUUGGCUCUUCAGACUUGUAAUCAAGAGAGAGAACAAUGACAACUUCCCCUUAUUAAUCAAGAAGGUUCUGGAGACACAACUGAAUUGUUACUUGUUGAAGACUUCACAGCAGGUGAAGAUGGAGAGCUGUAGGUUCUACCCACUUGAUCUGACUAAAGCCUAUUUUCUGAAGUCCCCAAUGACGGGAGUCCAACCCCAUGCAGCAGGUGCUUAAAAACAGCCUAUGGAAGAAUUACAUGAAGAGGUGGUGGUUAAGAUCAUAGAGCAGGAGUGGACAUGUUUGGAUUCCCAACAGCUACCCUGCUGGACUGUCAUGGAAGAUAUGCCCAGAAUGUAGCAUUUUUCAAUGUGAUGACAGAAGCUCACCACAAAUAUGAUCACUCUGAGGCCACAGGAUCCUCAAGCUGGGAUUUCCAGAAUUCUUUCAGAAGAGAGAAGCUGGAACAAAAAUCCCCAGAUUCUAAGACACUACAGGAAGAUUCACCUGGAGUGAGACAGAAGGUCUAUGAGUGCCAGGAAUGUGGAAAAUCCUUCAGGCAAAAAGGUAGUCUGACAUUACAUGAGAGAAUCCACACUGGUCAGAAGCCCUUUGAGUGCACCCAUUGUGGAAAAAGCUUCAGGGCCAAAGGCAAUCUUGUUACACAUCAGCGAAUACACACGGGAGAGAAGCCCUAUCAGUGCAAGGAGUGUGGGAAAAGCUUUAGUCAGCGAGGUAGUCUGGCCGUCCAUGAGAGACUCCACACUGGACAGAAGCCCUAUGAGUGUGCCAUUUGUCAGAGAAGCUUCAGGAAUCAAAGUAACCUUGCUGUUCACCGAAGAGUUCACAGCGGUGAGAAACCCUAUAGGUGUGAUCAGUGUGGAAAAGCUUUCAGUCAGAAAGGAAGCUUAAUUGUUCACAUUAGAGUUCACACAGGCCUAAAGCCCUAUGCCUGUACCCAAUGCAGGAAGAGUUUCCACACCAGGGGUAAUUGUAUUCUGCAUGGCAAAAUCCACACAGGAGAGACGCCCUAUCUGUGUGGUCAAUGUGGAAAAAGCUUCACUCAGAGAGGAAGUCUGGCUGUGCACCAGAGAAGCUGCUCACAAAGGCUCACCCUUUGAACAUUCUAUUUAAAGGAAGUUCUCUUUAUGAAUUAAGAGUAUAAAACCCUCUGUGAUUGGGCGCCUAUCCAAUUCUAUGGAAUGAAUGGAGAAUAUUCCAAGAAGACCAGCAUUGGAUAGGGCAAACAGACUUUUUUCCUUAUGCUCAGAUGAGAAUAAAAAAUAAAUGUCUUGUUUAUCAUUA